GUGUGGAAAGCACUCAAGAUGUUUGCCAAUCUUUCCAGGAGUGGACGUCCCAGCACAUUCACCUCAAGUUAAAUGUCUGGCUGUUUCCUAAUCUGGAGCUGUGAGACUACUACCCUCUGUGUCCUUUGAGAAAAGCUACCCUUCAUCGCGUUCUCCCUGGAGUGCCCCCUCUCUCUCCCUGACAGCCCACACAAUAGAUGAGCCUAGGAGGUGAGUGUCUACUGUAGCCUGCACACAAGAAGCCCUGUAUUGGUCCUGGCUUGGGGAAGAUGAUCCAGUGAAUAUAGACCCUCACUCGUCCUAGCCAUGAGCCAUCAGGAGGUGCCGCUGGGCUGUGAGCCAGCUGAGGUGACCGAAGCCGACCUGGGUCGCCGAGAGCAGCCCUCCUCCCAGCGCAGACGACAUGAAAACUCAGGCCGAUCUCGCCAUCAUCACAACGGUAAUGGCGGUGAAAAUCAGUCCGGGUCACAGAGGCAACGCCGUCACGAAGGCUCUGAAGGAACCGGACGACCACGCAGCUCUCGGAGGACGCCUGAGGAAGGCGAUAUGGAACAGCAGCAAGUUCUGCGGCCGAUCCCACGGCCGGCGGUGAGCCGCUACCGCAGGCAAGGAGAUACAGAGGCUCGGCUGAGGGCUCAGCAACAGCGGCAGAGGCAGAGGGAGAGGGAAAGACAACAGAGGGAGGCAGAAAGAGCGGAGCAACAGCGUCUGGAGGACGAAGAGGAUGACCACAGUGCCCUGGAACGCUCUGCCAGUACAGAGAGCGGCUUCCACAAUCACACAGACCAGGCCGAGGGUGACGCUGUCAUGGCGUUGGAGGCUGAACCUGAGGAUGAGGGUAUGUACGGUGUGGCACUGCGACCAGAGGCGGAAGAAUAUGCAGAGAGUGCGGAAUCUGAGCAGCAGCCCCAGUACCCUCCUCAACCCCCUCCACUUCCCCACGAACCCCUGCAAAACAUGGAGCGGCCCACCAGACUCGAGGCCGAGGCACUUAACCCCGGUUACUCCAACUAUGUUUACGCCCAGCCUCGUGCUGAGGAUCAGCCCUAUUCCGAGCCCUAUGCUGACUAUGAAGUCCAGGAGCAUGUCUAUGAGGAGAUUCCAGGAGCCACUGAAGGGGACACGCCUCAGCAGCGUCGUGCAGGACUCCGGCUCCUGGAACGUGAUUCAUACGGGCAGCAGGAGGCUGUGGGCUCCAGACUCCAUCACUAUGAUGAGCGUUCAGAUGGUGAAUCCGACAGUCCUGAGAAGGAAGCUGAAUUCGCGCCUUACCCACGCACCGACAGCUGUGAGCAGGAUGAAGAUGCUGAGCAUGUCAUGGAUGAAGGGAAGGAGAGUUUGCGUUCACGCAGCCUGGAGCACCCUGCACCUGAACAGGGAAAAGACAGACACAAAGACGACGAGCAGACAGAUGAAGGAAAGGAUCUGGAGGCAGGGAACGAGGGAGGGAAAGGAGAGGAUGGCAGAUCCACCAUGAGCAGCCCCUCUGAGGAGUCGGCUCAAGUCAGGAGCAGCAGGCAGAAGAGGGAUGCCAUCUCUCUGGCCAUCAAGGACAUCAAGGAGGCCAUUGAAGAGGUGAAGAGCAGGACAGUGCGCUCACCGUACACGCCAGACGAGCCCAAAGAGCCCAUCUGGGUGAUGAGGCAAGACUUGAGCCCCAGCAUGGAGUCGGACUUACAGCCACCACUAGGGGGAGAUUCUCCAGGCCCAGCUCCCACCUCUCCACAGGGGGCGGAGUCUUCCAGCAGCAACCUGCUGCAGCAUGAGGGGAGUGAAAACUUUGAGUCUCCGUCUCCCGCUGGCAAAGAGUCGAGGAGGAGCAUUGCUUCAUUCCCAACAUAUGUGGAAGUUCCAGGCCCGUGUGACCCAGAGGACCUCAUCGACGGCAUCAUUUUUGCCGCAAACUACCUGGGGUCGACGCAGCUUCUGUCAGACAAGACACCAUCGAAGAACGUGCGCAUGAUGCAGGCUCAAGAGGCCGUCAGUCGCAUCAAGACGGCCCAGAAAUUAGCCAAAAACAGGAAGAAGGCCCCCGAGGGCGAGACGCAGCCCAUGACAGAGGUGGAUCUCUUCAUUUCCACUCAAAGAAUCAAAGUACUGAAUGCUGACUCUCAGGAGACCAUGAUGGACCACCCAUUAAGAACCAUUUCUUACAUUGCUGACAUUGGGAACAUUGUGGUUCUGAUGGCCAGGAGGAGAAUGCCUCGCUCUGACUCUCAGGAGAACGUAGAGGCGUCUGACCCAGCCCAAGACGAAAAGCGCCAGUACAAGAUGAUCUGUCACGUGUUUGAGUCUGAAGACGCCCAACUCAUCGCACAGUCCAUUGGCCAGGCCUUCAGUGUAGCAUAUCAGGAAUUCCUGCGCGCCAAUGGCAUCAACCCUGAGGAUCUGAGCCAGAAAGAGUACAGUGACCUCCUAAACACACAGGACAUGUACAACGAUGACCUCAUACACUUCUCUAAGUCAGAGAACUGCAAAGACGUUUACAUAGAGAAGCAGAAAGGAGAGAUCCUAGGAGUGGUGAUUGUAGAGUCCGGCUGGGGCUCCAUCCUUCCUACAGUCAUCAUUGCUAACAUGAUGCAUGCUGGGCCUGCAGAGAAAUCCGGAAGGCUGAAUAUCGGGGACCAGAUCAUGUCUAUUAAUGGCACCAGUCUGGUUGGACUUCCUCUCUCCACCUGCCAGAGCAUCAUCAAGGGGCUGAAAAACCAGUCAAGGAUCAAGCUGAACAUUGUGAGAUGCCCACCAGUCACCACCGUACUCAUCAGAAGGCCAGACCUGAGAUACCAGUUGGGGUUCAGCGUACAGAAUGGCAUUAUCUGCAGCCUUAUGAGAGGGGGGAUCGCUGAACGAGGUGGUGUUCGUGUUGGCCACCGCAUCAUUGAGAUCAACAGCCAGAGCGUGGUUGCGACCCCUCAUGAGAAGAUCGUACACAUUCUGUCCAAUGCAGUUGGCGAGAUUCACAUGAAGACUAUGCCUGCUGCCAUGUACCGCCUGUUGACAGCCCAGGAGCAACCAGUUUACAUCUAAAAGCCACAAUGAUACCCUCAACCUCCUGACCUCGCCUCACCUCACCUCACCUCACCUCACCCUGAUCUUUAUCCUGUGUACUGAUGAUUGCGUGAGUGAAUCCAUGACCAAUAUUUAUCCACGAUGUUUCCUUUCCUCCCUGUUUACUUUCUGUCGGCACAAGGCUGGUUCUCUGGUUCUGCACACGUCUCCCCAUCCAGCUGGAAGGACCUGACAGUCAGACACGGCAUAAAGGAGCACCGUGACACCCUUCUCGAAAUUUCCUUGAUUAAAAUUCAUAUUUCAUAGCACUCCACCUUGUUAACGUUUCACGCCGUUUGGCCGUGCAGUGUGUUUGAUCUUCGCUAUGGAAACUCUCUCUCUCUCUCUUUUUUUUUUUUUUUGGUUCCGCACAUGUAAUUUAUUUGAACCUGGCAACCAUCAAACAUUCCAGCUUUAUUCUCUUGCACUCGAGUUAUAAACGAGCAGCUGUUAGGAAGAAUUGUGGAGGAGCUGGCUAAACAUUUCUGAAGAACUGCAGGCUCUAAGUGUGCUUUCCCUUAAAGUAAGGCUUAUUAGAGUAAACAGAACCAUGUGCUCCGGUCACACACAGAAGGGGUUCGAAAACUUCUUAGAGUUGGAAAUAAGAAAAUGAAAAAAUAAAUACAUUUUUAGACCCCUUUACUCACUCGCUCACUCACUCACUCAUCUUCUAUAUGAGUGCUUUAUCUUGUAUUCAGGGUCACAGCGACCUGGAGCCUAUCCCAGAAGGCUUAGGGCACAAGGCGGGGUACACCCUGAACAGGGUGCCAAUUAUUCAGUAGUGGUUGGCACUGUGGCCCCACACCAUCAGGGUUGAGGGUUCGAUUCCCACCUUCAGGUCUGCGUGUGUUUGCAUGUUUCCCUCGCAUUUUUCCUCCCACAAUCCAAAGACGUGCAGAGUGAGCUAAUCGGUGUUCCCGAUGUGUGUAUGCGCUCGUUGGUGCGCCCUGCGAUGGAUCAAGUGUACCCCGCUACAUGGGAUAGGCUCCAGGCCUCCCACCACCCUGUACGAGAUGAACGGUAUAGAGAACGAGUAAGGUCUUUGAAAUAAUCUUUAUUAGGUUCCAGUUGACAUCCUAAACUUGAUAAUUCCACCAAACAGGAUCUAAUCGUAUCACGCACAACGAGGAUCGUGAAUGCCUUACAAUAGUGACGUCAUACAAAAACAUCACCAAGGUGAUCAAAUCAAGAUAUAGCGCAAAGAAACACAAGCUAUACUUCGUUACUGAAGACCAAAUUUAGUCCAAAUUAAAAUUUGGUCACUUUUUAGAAUGAUGGUAAAUAGUGGAUGUUUGAUUAAUUGUUUGAUCGAUGGAUUUAUCUUCACCUCAUUAUUUGUGGUGCGAAUCACUUCCACCAUUUUCUAGUGUACAGAACAUAUUUUUCGUUUCUCCUUUUCUUUGAUUGUUUAUAUUCAAGUUAAAAAAAAAAUCUGUUUGUAUGUGUAAUAAGUAUUUUAUUUUUGGUUUGAGAAAAAAAAUGAUACUUGAAAAAAAAAUUAUUUGAAGAAAUAUGUUUGUAAUGUAAUGUGUUAUAAGUCAUAUUCCAACCUGUCUAUAAGAGAGUAUGAUUUUAUUUAGUUUGAAGUAAAACUAUAAACAAUGUUUGUUCUGAGACCAGUUGCAGAAUUCUAGUAAUUUUUCACCACUUUAAAUGAUUCGAGCAUGUCCUGCAUUACUGAUCCCGUCACAAUCUCUCGGGUGUUCCGUGAUGGAGUGAGAGUUCUCCUCAGGAUCGGGGGUUACAUACAGUAGAACCCUCGGUUGCUUUCCGUGCGCAUUUAGUAUCCGUCACUGCCCUGGCUGAUCCCCACCGGCUGAUCCCCAGACCGACACCAACAUGAAUGAUACUGUGAUAUAAAUAAUUAGGGAUGCAAUGGGAGUCACCGGGGAUCACCUGAUACGAUAUUAUUAUGAUACCUAGGUGCUGAUUCGAUUUGUAUCGCGAUUCUGUACGUAUCAGGAUUUUAUAAAUAUCUCAAUUCAAUAAUACAUUUUUUUUUUUUUUUAUUACAAUUCUAAACAGAGUCAACAAAUAGUUUCCUCCUACCACAGAGGAUGCUGUAUUUUAAGCACCACCUAUAGGAUUAUAAAGUACAUUUUACCGUCAAAUGCAAACAUAUAUACAUUAAAUUGUAAAAAAAAUAAAUUCUGUAGUCAGAUACAUAAAUCGCUACACGAAAUAGAAUUUCCUUUCUUCCAUGUCUAUAAAUGAUAUCAUGAAAUGAUUGGUACCACUAUAUCAGUGCACAUAUCCUUAACGUCCGCAUUCCCAAUCACAAGGCCACAUUAUACCUGCAGUGUCCUAUACCAACACCUGGCUCCUGUAAGCACAGUUCUGAGUGUCUCAUCUCUGAACAUCUUUGCCUUACGACUGCUCUGAUCUCCAUGGACAAGCGUCACGGCGUCAUGCUUUUCUUAAGCAUGGUCUAUCAUGACUUUGGUAUGCAUUCAUGCUAGUAAUGGGUGUCAUGUGUGACGACAAUUCAUUCCACCGUACGACAAAACCAGCUCCAUAACAGCAUACAAAUAUAUAUUUAUAUACGCUCAUACAUUUCAGUAUAUACAUCCCGUGAUCGUGUAUAUACAGUAUGUACAUUUAAGAGAUCAAAGGAGAGAUGGUUAAACGCGUGUAAGUGCUCGGCUUCCGCUUCUGGGAUGUGUUGACGGCAAACCUUUGAUUACACUGCACCGAAGUGCGUGUGUGUGUGUGAGAUGCACUCGUUCGGGCUCUAGCAAACAGAAAAGUGAUGAUGUUCGUGGCAAAUCCGAAUUGUCCUGCAAUAGAUGGAGAUGGGUUCUGCGAUUCUGCGUAUACAAACAAGGCCACAUAUAUGCAAGCUUUAACGGUGUUGUUGGCUUUGGAUGGGUUUACAUGGAGAGAAAAAAAAAAAAACACUGUAUGUGCUGCUUUAUGGUCAUUGACGAUUCCCCUAAACACACACACAUGGAUGUAAAGAAGUACACACUGAUGUCUGUACUGUGAGAGUAAACACAGGACGUUGUGUUGCGGUUGUAAUUAGGAGAUUAAAAAACGAGACUACAUGCCGGGUUCGACUAGUGUUUCUUAUGCACUCGCUCUGAAUGUAUUUAAACUUAUAUCUAUGUUUGUCUAUAUGGUAAAGAAAUAGGGGGGAAAAUUAACACUUCCUGUAAAGCAUUGGCAAUGUUUAUUUAUUUUGCGAGCUUUUUCUGUGAUGAAUCAUUGAGCCACAUUCCUACGCCAUAGCAGGAAUGUUUGUAACAGUAUUUACGACAAUAAAUGACCUA